AUGCCCCGAAAACGCCCCAAGGCGUCGACGUUGAUCAGCGACGACGCGUACGCACGGGCGUUGCUCAAGAAGCUCCGUCUCGCGCGCGUCGUCGUGCUCGACGUCGAGCAAAAGUUGGCGGCUGGCGGCGAGAAAAAUCAGAAAAACGAUGACGACGCGCGACUGAAGCGCGCUUUAGGGCAAAGAGCGAACGCUUUGGAGAAACUCAAGUCACUGGGUAUCGAUGAAACAGACGCGCGGGUGACACAGGCGGAAGCGGACGCGGUGGACGCGCUGCAAAGAGAGAUUGUCAAAAAGCGCGCGCGGGACGCCGAGCGGGACGCCGAGCAAAGAGCUCGAGAGGAUGCGAAAAUGAAGCGCGGGAAGAAGGGAAACGGGAAUGCCGACGGUGUCUGGGCGUUACACAAAGCGGUGAAAGUCGGAGAAUUGGACGGUGUGCGAGCGGGCCUAGAGCGCGCAAUCGCGGAUGCGUCGCAGGUGGAUCCCCGGGCGUGCGGCGCCGGGAUGUGGGCGUGCGCCAAGCUCGCGACGCGAUUAGACGAGAGUGGGAAGGAGUCGGACGUCGAUUUCGUGAAGUUGACGGCGAGAGCGAUGCAGGCGUUGAUGCGAAGGAUGGUGGAGUUUGAGUCGGGAAUCGUGGACGCGCGCGGCGCGAGCGGGACGCUUUGGGCCGCGGCGACGUGCGGACGCACGCGUUGCGGGAACGAGUUGGACGACGUCGCGACGCGCCGUGCGGUGAACGACGCGGCGACGCGUUUGACGUCGUACGCGAGUAAGGCGAACGGGCAAGAUGCGGCGAACGCGUUGUGGGGAGCGGCAAAGUUGAGGAAGACGUUGGACGAGACGUGCGCCACCACGCUCGCAAACGCGCUCGCGGAGAGCGCGGAUGCGAAGAUGGAGGAAAUAUCAAUAGCGCUUUGGGCGUUCGGCACGUUCGCCGGCGAUGGAUGGAAAGCAGCGGUGUCGGCGUCGGUUCCGUUGGUGCGUCGCGCUAAAGAUAUGGCGAAGAAUCGACCAAAAGAUUGGAGCGCGCAAGCCAUCGCGAACGCCGCGUGGGCAUGUGGGAAACUCGCGACGAGCGAUCCGAAUCACAAUCUGAGCGACGCUAAGUCACUCGUUGGGGCGCUGUUAAAGAUAGCAAAGGACACGAAAAAUCUGUCCGCGCAAGGGUUCGCGCACGUCCUCCAGGCGGCGGGGGCGGUGGUCCUCGACGAUAGGCUUCUCCCGGAUUGCGCGAAAUUCACAUACGAAGGCUUGCGUUCUCGAUCUGCACAGAUCACGGGCGCGGAUUUAGCCUGCGUCUCGGAGACCACCGAGAUUUUGAGACUUCACACGAGUAUAUCGCACGGCGAAAAGUUACUCGCCGAGAUCAAGGGUGCGAUCGAGCGCGGGUUAAACGCGUUCGAUUGGCAGACUAUUGGACGAUUGGACGUCAUCGUCGACGGCAUCUUCGGCACCUCCGUCGCGUCGGCUAUGCACGAGGCACUUCGUAAACGCGGUCUCGCGGCGUGCGACGAAGUGAACGCGAGCAGAAUGGACACCGAGCGCGGAAGCGCGGACGCUUUGCUGGCGCAAUCGAUCGCGGCGCCAGUGGCCGAGGCAUCAUCGGCCGCGCUCGUUGUCGACGACGGCCAUCGCCUCGUGACGAAACGACUUCGACGGAUCGGGUGGAGCGUCACCAAUUGGCAACGAUUUAGCCGUGGCGAGCAUUCGAAGGGGACGUGUUGGCCGGAACUUCCACCUAACGGUGAUUUCUUUGCGGCGGCAGUCGUUCGGUUGCCGCCUACCAAGGCGUCUCUCGCCAUGGUUUUACACGCAGUCGCAGCAAGCGUUCGUUUCGGUGCGCCAGUUUGGAUUCACGGCGCCGUCACGGAAGGUUUGCGCGCUGUCAUCCCUGAUUUACCCACGGGGUUGUUUGAGCGUGCGAGACUUACGAUGCGCGAUGUCGAACACGGCGUGGUGCUCUGCCAUCGAUCAAGCACGCAGCCGGAUAAAAAGGGUAAGGAAUUGAAGAAAUGGCGAGAGAAGCAGACUCUCGAUCUCAGUGAUGUGGUCGGAAAAACGAGCGCCGUUUCGUGGAUCUCCUAUCCCGGUCUCUUCGCCGGGGGCGGUCUGGACGUGAUGACGGAUCUCUUGCUCCGUCGCGUGCUCCCGACGCUGAACAAAAAGUCCAAGCUCAGGGUCCUUGAUUACUGCUCCGGCAACGGCGUCAUCGCCUCCGCCGUUCGUCUCGUCGCGAAAAAGUCCAAGCUCACGCUCCUGGAUGCCGACGCGCUCGCGCUCGAAGCCGCCAAGAAAAACCUUGACAGCGACGCCGAUUUCGUCCUCUCCGACGGCUGGACUUCGCUUCCGAGCGACAAAAACUCCUCGUUUGAUCUCAUUUUGAGCAACCCGCCGGUACACCUCGGCUUACAGGUUGAUUUCUUGACGCUUCGUGACUUUCUCUCUGGGGCUGGCGCGCGCCUCGCGCCCGACGGAGUUGCCUACUUCGUCGCCCAACGCUACGUCCCCUGCGCCGCGCUCGCGGGCGACGACGUCCAAAUUUCUCUCGACUUUAAAGAUUCCCGUUUUGCCGUCUGGAGAUGCACCAGACGCUAG